AUGGACCAUCCGACUUCGCCUUCCCCAAUUGGCCGGGCAGCCAAGAGACAGUGUCGGGAAUCCCAAAGAGCAGAAGAUAAACCAAAUUUGGAGAACCACCCACAGGAAUCUUCAAACUGCACGAUCAUUGAACCCAAGAUCGCAGUGGCAUCCGGUGCUCUUACGGCGGAGUUUAUGAAGAUACUACAAGACCAUGAUACCUUCGCUUCCCCAGCACUCAAACAGCUCGACUUGUAUUUUUGCCUUUGGGAAUGCUACGUUGUCAAAUCUGCCGAGAAAUUGCGACUCGAGGAUGAGCAGCGACAGCUUCGGGAGUUCAAUGAGUGGCUGACAAGCGACAGAGACGUUCUUCUGGAGCUUUGUGAGGAACAGGCACUGGUAUUGUGGGAUCGAAAGCGUGCUGUUCAGGCCCUUUGUAACGGGGUCGUUUCAGCCCUGCAAGCGAGCGAUCCUCAAGCCUGCCAUGUUGAUGGGGCUUGA